AUGGUCAUUUACCAAAAAAAAACAACAUUGGUGUCCGACUAUAAUGUUUUCAAUAAGCCGACUACUAUCCGAAAUCUUUUGUACAAAUGUACUUUCCCAGAAACACAAUAUCUCUUGAAAAAUGUUCACUCUUUAACCUCAAUGGCAUUUAUUCUGCACUUAUUCAAACAAGGUUCAUCGUUUAUUCAUUUAAAUAUUUAUUUCCAUUUUAAAUGA